UCUUGCUGUCAGAGACGCCGAGCGUCAACUCGACAGGAGUCGCGCGCUGGCACCGUUGUGGUCGAUCGCACGGCUGCUUAAUACAGGUUCUGCCGCGGGAGCCAGCUGCGCUGCGUGAGCUGCUCUGAAAGGGCGAGACGGACCGGCAGGGAGCAGAGGCGCUGCUCCAGGCGCCCACCCACACCGAUGCGACGGGCCAUGUUACUGGCAGGCGUCCUGCGCAGCGCGCGCGCGCUCGCGCCCCUCGUCAGGCGGCGCGCGCCACUGACCGUCGCGCGCCACAUGCCCGCGACGCAGGAGGAGAUCGAAGCCGCACAAUUACCAACAAACGCAGACGAAGAGAUGGUCAAACUACGACACUCGGCGUCGCACGUCAUGGCUUUGGCAGUAAAAAACGUCUUUAAGGAUGAAGUACAAGUCACGAUCGGCCCCUGGAUCGAGAAUGGUUAUUAUUAUGAUUUUCACAAGCCUACGGGCGAGGCCAUCACCGAUAAAGACUUGAAGAGGAUCAAGAAGGAGAUGGACAAGAUCAUCAAGAAGGACUAUCCUAUCAUUCGCGAAGUGUUGCCGCGAGAAGAAGCGCGACAGUUCCUCCUAGAUCAGGGCGAGACCUUUAAGGUCGAGGUCGUGGACAAUUUACCGGAUGAAGCCGAAAUCUCCUUCUACAGGAUUGGGGACGAGUGGUGGGACCUGUGCGCCGGGCCGCACCUCGAGUCGACGGGAAAGAUCUCGCCAAAAGCCGUAGCCUUAGAAAGCGUGGCGGGCGCCUACUGGCGCGGCGACGAGAACCGAGAGAUGCUCACGCGCAUCUACGGCACGGCCUGGCCCGAGGCCUGGCAACUGAAGGAGCACAAGCGUCGGAUGGAGGAGGCGAAGAAACGCGACCAUCGGUUGCUCGGGAAGAAGUUAGAUUUGUUCUCGAUCCAAGAGCAGGCCGGCGGCGGCCUCUGCUUCUGGCAUCCCCGAGGCGCGCGCGUGCGGGGCCUGAUGGAACAGACGUGGAAGGACCUGCACGAGAAGGGAGGUUAUGAGUUACUCUACACGCCGCACAUCGCGAACGUCGAGCUCUGGAAGACGAGCGGCCACUUCGACUUCUACGCCGACGGCAUGUUCGACCAGAUGGACGUCGCUGCCUGUGUGGACAUCAAAUUGCGGCGCCAUCGACGCGACGGCGUCCCCGUGACCGCGUCGGCUCGAUGGCGUGGAGGCUCACUGGUUGAUUUCCACACAGGUCGAGAAGGAGCAGUACCAGCUCAAGCCGAUGAACUGUCCGUUCCACUGCUUGGUGUUCAAGGACCAACUACGCUCUUACAGAGACCUGCCUUACAGGUGGGCGGAGCUCGGUACGGUCUACAGAUACGAGCGGUCAGGCACGUUACAGGGUCUCAUGAGAGUGCGAGGCUUCACUCAAGACGACGCGCACAUUUUUUGCACGCCGGACCAGCUGGAAGAUGAGAUUGUGGACGUGCUGGAGUUGACGCAGGAGAUCCUGACGAAGUUCGGCUUCACGGAUUAUGAGUUGAUGCUGUCUACUCGUCCUGAGAAGGCCGUCGGUUCCGACGAGAUCUGGGAGAAGGCGACGAAGGCGCUGGAGGGCGCCUUGAUCCGGAAGGAGUGGAAAUAUGGUGUGGACGAGGGCGGCGGCGCCUUCUACGGCCCCAAGAUUGACUUAAAAAUAAAAGACGCGAUCGGGCGCCAGUGGCAGUGCUCGACGGUGCAGUGCGACUUCAAUCUCCCCGAUCGGUUCGACCUGAACUAUCGAAACAGCGAGGGGAAGGAUGAGCGGCCGAUCAUGGUCCACCGGGCCAUUUUUGGUUCAUUGGAGAGAUUCUUCGCCAUCCUGCUCGAGAGCGUGGGCGGCGAUUUACCUUUAUGGUUAGCCCCUACUCAAUUGCGAUUAUUACCGGUGACCGACGAAGCGCGGGGCUUCUGCGCCGACGUCGCCGCGAAGGCGAAGAGGCGCGGUCUACGGUGCGAGGUCGACCCCGGGAAGGAUAGGUUGAACAAGCAGAUCCGCAACGCCGAGCAGCAGCGCGUGCCGCUCAUGUGCGUCGUGGGAGAGCAGGAGACGUCGUCGGGGCGGCUGUCCGUGCGCGCGCGCGGUAGGGGGGAUCUGGGCAAGAUCGACGUCGACGCGCUGUUCGCGAUGCUCCAGGACGUCGACGAGAUGGACCAGUUGGACGAGGGGGCGUUCGAGAAGGCGCCCGAAGAGAAGGUCGAGGCGUAGUAGGUAACAUUCACACUUAUACGAACCAUCGGGGGACCGGCCCGACGCGGGCCGGGGGCGCCGUCGUGGAGAAGGCACCUG